UGUGAUUUCGAUGAUGGGAGGUGCGGGUACAGAAGAUAAAUUCGUAGGGUCGAAUCGUGGUGUGUUGGUUGCAAGAAGCCUGUCUAGAGCAGAGAUACCGAGUUUGAAGUUUGCAGAUGGGUCUUGCAAGAGUCGAAGAGUCGUUAGGAGCUCAUCCAACCUCUGACUCCGCACCAUCCCCAGCUCUCUCGUUCCCAAAUCCUCGGCCAUCGUUUCUGUCCACCACACCCUCUGUCUCACAAUCUCAAUUUCCACCCUGCUCUGUUCUCCCUCAAGUCCUCCUCAACUCUCCCUUCUUUCUCCCUAAAAAGAUGCCCCCCUCAAUCUCCCCCUUCCACCCAGCCGACCUGGAAGCAAAAACAAAAAUCCUCCCCUCCGGCAAACUCCGCAAACCGGAAAACCAACACCAACUAAACAAGUGCAAGUUGCAAGAAUUGGUGCAAUUCGAUUGUGAAGUAAAAGGGCACAAGAAACAUAAGAAUGGGAUUGUGGUUUGUGCGCCUAUUGUCAGGGUGUUUAGGAGGUGUAAGGAUGGAUUGACUGUUGAGACGACGGCUUGGGAGACGGAGAAUUGAGUGGUGAUG